UCUCUGCUUUUCUCCCUCACUUUCUCACUCUUUCUCCCUCCUACACCUAUGUCUCACUCUCUCUGUCCCUCCCUCUCGUUUAACUUUUUCUUUCAUUUUAUCUACAUCAACUUUUCCGAUAUCGAAGUUGUGAAGAAACCCCAGAAAUGUCACGUCUGUUUGAAGACGACAUAUGGAUUAUUGUGGUGCGAAACUCAAUAGAUUCACCAAGUGAUUGCGACACGGUUGUUUCUCAUCUUAACCUUCCUGCCCAUGUUAUUGGUGACUAUAAGGAAAAGUAUCGUGGGAAAAAUAAUUUUCGAAAAUAUUUAGAUAAGUGUCUGGUAGACUGGAAGUGUCGUGUAUCUGGUAAUUUAAAAGACCAAUUAUAUGAUAUUUUAAAGGCCAGCGGCUGCGAUUAUAUUAUUCAAAAGUUGGAGGAUGAAGCCAAAAAAUUGAUCCAAGAUGACAAUUGAUCGUUAACCGAAUUUAUUACACCUUUCUUUGCUUUCAUUAAAAUAACUGAAAUGAAGUGAAAA